ACUAAAAUACCAGAGGUGCAUCUUAGACUGCCAAACGAUCGUUAUAGAAACCGGAGAUUUGUGCACCUAAAACAACCUGCCCAGUCUGAAGCAGCAUAUACCAAUCCUGCCAUGUGUGGCGCAAGAUGUAGCAAAUUUAAGGGAGGAAUCAUGGACAUUUGCAUAUCUACUGGUUUUGAAAGUAUGACUGCGACAAAAGAGGAUAUUAACUGCCUAAAAGACUGCGGAAUAAAAAAUGUUAUAAAAGUACAUGACGGAGUUUGUACGCAUGAACAUACUUUUUAUCAUAGACAUAAUAUGCUUCGCCCAGAGAAUGAAGAUGAACGUAUUCUGUGUGGCAGCAGAUGUGAAGAUGAAGAUGAAUCAGUGUUACUUUGCGUAACUGAUGGUUUUGACUUGCACACUGUAUCUGCACAGUGGCAGGCCUGCGCAGAAAUUUGCAAAAUUGAUCCCGUAAUACUACAUCGAGGAGAAUGUCCUCCUAAGGAAAUUCGUGGAUUGAGCUACGCAGCGUGAAAUCUUUUGUGAAAUUCAUGCAAU